AUGGCGCCCGACCGCGGCGACGACCGCGCGCGUCCGCCCGCGAGGUCGUCGACGACGCGAUUCAAAGACGCGGUGACGACCGUCGUGGACGACAAUCGCGCGCGGGACGCGGGGACGAGGCCGAGGAGGUUGACGUCGCUCUGGGACGUCGCGAACGAGUUGCGGCGACGCGCGGGGCGAGCGCGGCGACGCGGGCGCGCGCACGCCCGGGGAGGGGCGGGGGUGAAGCCGUUGCCGGUGUUCUUCGAUCGAGACGGACGAACGGGGGCGUCGGCGGUGUGGUGGCGGGACGCGUUCGCGGUGAGCGCGGCGUUGGACGGCGACGGGGCGCGGGCGGAGAGCGCGGCGGAGGAGAGUGAUUUAGGGCACGCGGCGAGGGCGAUGCUGUUCUUCGCGCAGGAUAUGUCGAGGGAGUUGUUGAGCGAUUUAGAGACGGCGACGACGUCGCUGUCGUUCUGGGAAUUGCUCAGGGAUCGACCGACCGGGCAGGCGCGGUUUCUGUUGCUGAACACGGGCCCGAGGAAUUUUGUAAACUUGGUGCGAGAGGGGAGUUACAGACUGUUCUGCCACGCUCGCGCGGCUUUGACGGGGAAGGAGACGACGUUCGCGCUGCCGAGCGCGAGCGCGCGGGUGAUCAUCGAUGGGCGAGUGAACGCACUGAGCGAGCUUCAGGUGGCGCUCGCGAGCGUCGUGGGACGGGUGCACCACCACGCGGACGCCGUGGCGAACUCCUCAUACGCGAGUUCGGGGUCAUUAGACAACUCGUUGACGCGAGAAGAGACAAGACAGUCGAUCAUGGACGCCACAGACGGGCUCUUGGAGUGUCUUGAGGAGAUAAAAGAGUACUCGACGACGACGAUGGAGAGGCACGGCGACUUGGCGAAAGUAUCCACCGGUUCGAGAAUGUCCGUCAAAGAUAGUCCAAGAAUACUCAAGUCGCUGAGUCGGCUGGGCUCAGGAGUUUUGAAAGCGAUGCCGGAUCUUCCGGAGCCAUCUCCUCGAUCGAGGAUGAGCGUCGAUUACGACAGCUCUCCGGCGGAUUCGCCUCGGCCGCCGAGUCGCCUGCAACGAUUGGCGAGUAUGGACCUGAGUAAGCUAUCCGAGGACACGGCUGUGGGUCAUCGGUUUAGAGAGCCCCUCAUUGUGGACGGCAACCCGUUGCCGUUACCGAGGAUAAACGAUACGUUGUGGCAAGCAUUGAAGCGCGUCGAGAAAGAGUGGUACGAUGUCAGAGACACAUCUCACGAAGCGCUUUACGUGCACGCAAAGCCUUCAAAGCACGUGCGAAGAUGGAUGUUGUAUUCCAUCGGGAGUGUUUCACUCACGGUGGUCACCGUUGUCGCCGUUCGUCACAGUCGUUUGUGUGGAAGCGACGACUUGGACAACUUGCUGCAGUCGAUGUCCUCGGCGUGUACAAACUUUAUGAAAACGCGCAUCUUUGAUCCACUGAAAGAGUUGAGAGACGAGCUAAGAGCUGCAUUCGUAUCCGAUCGUCCGGAUGAUGCCACCGAGCGCUUGGAGGAUGAUAAAGAAUCGUUGGACCGUAUGCUCGGUGAGUACAUGAAGCAAGCGUCUAAACCAGGAGUCUCUGAGUCGCUCUAUCGAGCUUAUAGAACAGUUGGAGGUGGUGGCAACGCCACUGAUACCGAACAAAAAGAAGUUGAGGCGUCAAAGAUCGAUCCGGCUCGACUCGUCACCGCUCGAGUCGAAGAAGAGCUAAAAAAUCCAUUGACAAAUAUGCUCGCGGGAGACCUCAUGCAACUGUUGCUCUUGCAGACGCAAGUCAUGAAGGUUGAGAUGGAGAGCGCUCUGAUGCAGAUGGACCAGCUCAUGCGAGCCAAUCGCUUGAACUUCUCCCUCAUGGCGUGUUUUCCAGCCGCGCUUGGAUUAUAUGCGGGAACGAUCGCCAUCAAGGCGUCGCUCUCGGUCUCAGUGUACCGCCGUCGCAAGCGGCAGCGCGAAGAGAUGCGCAUGCUCUUACACGAGGCCGAGCGCGCGCUCACCAACCUCAAGAUCGCCGAGCGUCGUUCGGUGCAGCACGGUAUGCUCAUUUACGCUCUCAACUCUCUCUACGCCGCGGUGCAGAGAAACCACCACCUAUUCACUCGCGCGGAGUGGCGCUCGGUGCGCGUCGACGUCCUGGAGCUCGCCGACCCGAGCGUACCAAUCGACAACAAGCUCGUCACCGUCGCUCGGCUCGCUCGCACUCGCGCACUCGUUCCCGAGCCCCAUCGCGUCGCCGGUGCUCACCUCUAG